AUGUACAUUAGUGCUUGCCGCUGGGUUGGUCUCCUUCCUGCCUCGGUGAGGACUGUCAACUCAACACUUCCGCAUAGUCAGUUGACCCGUCAGGUGAGCGACUGCUACACCAGUGUGUUGACACCGCUCCAAGUGGCCAAGGUGCUCACUGUUGCCUACCCAUACAUCCCGGAUGGUGUGGCCAUGCUGCACGUGUUCAAGCUUAUCAAUGCUCCCGACGACGGGAUGCCGACAGCACCCACAGGAGUAGCAGCCAACCCCUCUGGCCUCGCAGGCACACAGCCGCCGAGCAGCCAGUCGUUUUCCAGCCUGGCCGGUUUGCUAGCAAGCCAGCUGCCGGCGCUUUUGAUGGGGGUGGCGGCGGGCGGAUCACAGGUGCAAGCAGCACCAGGGGUACCGGGGGGACUACCUCUGCAGUCCGGCGGUGGGGCUGGUGCGGUCCUGGCGAAACUUGGGACUAGUUUACCGCAGGUGCAGAUGCAGCAGAUGCUGGUGGCGCUCUUACAACAACAGCAGCAGCUGCAACCGGCACAGCAGCUGCCGAGGACGGCAGGCAGCGCAAAUCCGCAGCCACAGGUGCAAUUGCUCAAGGCCCUGGCGGCCGGUCUUCAGCAGCAUGGAACGAUACAGCUGCAGCCAUUGAUAGCGGGACUACAGGCGGCGGCAGCAGCAUUGUCGGCAGGGACACAAACCCAGCCUGCGCCCGGCGAUGGUUUGCCAGCCACGGGUCAGCUCCAAGGUUUUGCAUCGUUACUUGACGCCUUGGCAACUACCCAGCAAACUGCAGGCGGCAUGCAGUCUGGAGCGGUGGCCAGUCAGUGCCGUUGA